GGAUGUUAUGAGUCUUUCACGGGAGAUGCUGGCUUCUGCCUCUCUGAAUCAAUACCGUUCAUUUACACUCGCAGGAAAUGAUAAGGCAAAUGUCAAAAAACGGGCCCACGGGCUCCUCUGUCAGUUCAAAACUGUUGUAAUGAGAUCAAUACAUAGCCGGUAGUAUAGGCUGGGGUGUCAUUUUGUAGCCUGGUGUGUGGAACCUCCAGACUUUUAAUUAAUAUGAAGUUGCUUGGCUGCCAGGAUCCUGUCAAUGGGGAUUUCAUUGAGUAUAGCUCUAAAUAAUUCAAUUUAAAGCUCGUUGAAGUAUAGCUUCUUUUGAUAUGUGAUGAAAUGUGUGAAAUGCUCUUUUUUUUUUUAAAUUUAAGAUGAAUACAAUAAGAAAGAAAGUACUGGAUUUGAAUCAAAAGUCUGUAUAAAAAAAAAAGCUACAGGGAGUUGAUUUAUAUAAUGAUCAGUGAUGAUAAUAAGCGUGAUAACAUAGUGAGAAAAACAGAGCUCACACAAACACAAACAUCUCCACCCAUUCAGGACAGCAGGAGCUAAGAAGUUGGAUGUCAGCUACUGUCUCCAUUUACUUCUCCAUUUUGCGGCUAUAAAAUAAGAUCAUUUCACAGGGCAUGUAUAAUUCACAGACCUGAGCCAGCCAUGUGUGAUGAUGGGACACACACACACACACACACACACACACACACACGCAGACAGAGUUUUUACAGGCUUAGGGAACCACAUCUCAUUCUCACGUGAAGCUUUUAGAGACGGGGCUGCUCAGACUUCAGCAAGAAACCCCAGGAGAGCACAGCCAUGAUGGACUGAAAUAUCAAGGUUAAAUAACAUUUACACAUAAUCCAUACUGUCAAUGCCAAAUCAGCAUAGUGCUGCAACAUUAUAUAAGCCAUACUGACAAGUUAGGGAACUGAGAGCUUCCCCGGCAUAUACUUAUAUAACAGCUUUCAUGCAGGGAAGAUGGAUGAUGACUUUUUCAAAUCCAGUUGUUUUUGGAAACAAAAGCAAACCAGAGCAUUGGGCUGUUCAGUUUUUUGAACUAAGAAAACUGCAGCAUUAUAUAAGCUGUAUGCACAGUGUGAGACCUGCCACCACACAAAUCCGGGUUUAUUCUGACCGUGGCGGAUAAGUUUUUCCUGUCAUGCCAGCCAUUUUGGAGGACUAGACAAAAAACAAAUAAAUAAAUAAAAAAAAUGGGAUGACAUGCCCAUCAGGGAUUCCUGAAGAUGAAAAGGUCAUUUUGUUCCUCUGCCAGUGAGCUGUAAUGGGAUGUUUCACUGGUCAAUAUGGAUGUUGCACUUUGGAAAAAUCCUGUAUUUCAGCUCAUGCUAAGUCGGUUUCUUGAAACAAAUACUGGGACAGUGGAUUGUAGGAAUUCAAAGAGAGGAGGAUAGGGUGGUGGGGGACAAAUGUUCUGUUGCCUCUUUCUCUACCCCUCCUCCUCCUCAUCCUCUUCUCCACCCUCUCUACCUUCACUCCAUCUCUCACCCGCCCCAGACGUGCUGGUUUGGUCCAUUUGUCUGUGUUGUCUUGGGAGGAAGUGCCAUCUCAUCUCACAUUGCGCAAAUGGUUUCAAUGCAUGCUAGUGUGAAUUCUAGCGGGUUUUUGUAACUGCCAAUUUCCAUAUCAAAGUGUCUGCAUUUCAAUAGGGAGAACUUGAGCUACCAGCCCCCUUCCUCUAAGCAGUUUUGUUCUGAUAGAGUGUUGCUGCUGCUGCUUCUGGUGGUGGUGGCGACUGACAAGGAUUGCUGGACACUGCAGUUGGUUUUGUGUGCUUGUGUGCGAGUGUGUGUGUGUGCGUGUGGUGCAAGUGUUAGUGUUGGAAACAGAUUUAGUGUGGAUUGGGAGAAUUUGUUGGCCAUAAUGUCACACCAAAAGGCAUGUAUUUAGUGGAAUUUUUUUGGACGCCAUUCAGAAACGUGGUCAUGUUAAAAAGAUUUCGUCUGUUACAGUAUUUUCCGCAGUAUUUCUCCACGCACUCCAGCAUGAAACAUCAACAAAGGUCUGUUUUAUUUUCAAGGAGAAAGAGACUUUGUCCGUGGCGAGAGGAAACAAAAAAAAGCAAAAAUGACUUCUGUUUACACAUUUCGACUGGUAUUUUGGCCACAGCCGUCCACCUGUAAAAUGCUCUGAAAAGAAAGUGCCUUCAGGUGCUUUCUUGCCAAAUAAAUGGUGAAAUUCCACAUUCAGGAAGUGUAGAUGUAAAGACGCAGAUCAUUCAAGCUUUGUGAGAGACACUGAAUACCUAGUGGUGUCUGAUUGUUUUUCUGUCGCAGAGAUAACAUUUAUUCCCCAUUCUGUGCAGCUGUUGUUUGUCAGUGCAAGAAAGCAGAAAGACACUGUUUAUUUUGAUGGAUUUUUUUCUUCCCUUCUUUGUCUUGUGAACGUGGCUUAAUGUUCUGUGCAAUUUUAGGUAAGUUAGUAGAGCAAAACACUGAUUUUCACCGAGCACGAAGAGUAGCAAAAAAAUGUGCUUUCUUGCUUUUGCGCACGGCCUUAUUUUGGAUCAGCACAGGUUAAUAGUGGACGAAAGUGCAGCCUGUGAGAUGUUAUUACGCAGAAACAGGGAAUGUAAAUGCCAUUGGCAGCGCAGUAGGGGUCAGUGGCCCCUUCAUGGUCAUCCCGCUUCUGAGUAAUAACAUGGGCCAACUGCUCUCCAACCUGCCGAAGAAGAGCGCUUGCUUCCUCCUCUCCUUCUUUUGUUCGGACAAAGUAACCAAAAAAAAAAAAACCUUUGAGAAUAAAGUGAGAGUGGGAGUUUUGAACCCAGAGAACAGGAAGGAGGAGGGGGGAGGACUUCACCUGCCAUCUUCAGUCAUUGUGGGCGGGUUUGACAGCUGUCUUGUUCAAUUCCUUUGACACGCUCUCUGUGAAAAGUUGGACAAACAAAUGGACAGAGAGAGGAGAAAGAGGGAGUGAUGCAUUAUAAAGGUAGAUGAGGCAGCCCCGAUUGUACUGGUCUUACAGGAGAACGAGUCUUUACAUCAGACACGGCUAAUCAGCUCGUGAUGUUGAGUGCAUUUUGUGCCAAAUCUUUUUUUUUUUUCCUGUUGACUUUACUUUCUUUUCCUGUUAGUCAUUUUCCUGCAAUGACUCCUGACAAAAGCCUAGAGAACAGGGCACUUUGCAUUGUGUUUGUGUAGGAGGAGAGGGCAGGAGUGAUAACAACAGUGUUGGCAGUAAGUUUGUUGAGUCAAGAAAAAGCUGAGUGGGAACCAUGCUGUGGUGUGCUGAGCUGAGCCUAGUUGUUCAAAUUAUUAAAAGGCUGCUGAAGAGGAGAGGUACAUGCAUUCUGCUCUGUUGAGGCUGCUGUCGGUGGUGAAACUGGAAUUAUUCCUCCUUCUCAGAUGGAUUUCUUCCUGGAUGAGAAGAUGACUGGUGAUGCUUCUCUGAGAACUACUGAUCGUUGACAUCGCUCCAGCUUUCUGCUCUCUCGCUGCAAAGCGCCAAACACUUAUUAUUAGCCACCAGUCCGCUGGAUCAUUUACAUACAACACACAAUGGCCUCUGCACUGUGGAGGUGUCCAGUGUUUCGCUGCCUCUUGCUCCUUGUCUUUUGCUUUCACUCUUCAAAAGGGUUCAGCCGUGCGGCCUUGCCUUUUGGGCUGGUCAGGAGAGAGCUCUCAUGCGAAGGAUAUGCAAUUGAUCUCCGCUGCCCGGGAAGUGAUGUCAUUAUGAUCGAGACAGCCAACUACGGCCGGACUGAUGACAAGAUCUGUGACGCUGACCCUUUCCAGAUGGAGAACGUCAACUGCUACCUCCCCGAUGCCUACAAGAUUAUAUCACAAAGGUGCAACAACCGUACGCAGUGUGUGGUUGUCACUGGCUCUGAUGUCUUUCCUGAUCCAUGCCCUGGCACCUACAAGUACUUAGAGGUCCAGUAUGAGUGUGUUCCCUAUAUUUUCAUUUGUCCCGGGACUCUGAAGGGUGUAGGAGAUGCCACCUUCCUCUAUGAGGCAGAGCAGCAAGCGGGGUCAUGGUGCAAAGACCCGCUGCAAGCCGGUGACAAAGUCUUCUUCAUGCCCUGGACGCCGUACCGCACUGAUACCCUCAUUGAAUACGCCUCUCUGGAGGACUUCAAAAAUGGUCGCCAGACGACGACCUAUAAACUGCCCCACCGCGUUGACGGAACAGGCUUCGUAGCCUAUGAUGGUGCUAUUUUCUUUAACAAGGAACGCACUCGCAACAUUGUUAAGUUUGACCUGCGCACUCGCAUCAAAAGCGGUGAGGCUAUUGUUAAUAAUGCCAAUUAUCAUGACACCUCACCUUACCGCUGGGGUGGCAAGACAGACAUUGACUUGGCAGUAGAUGAGAGGGGUUUAUGGGUAAUCUACGCCACAGAGCAGAACAAUGGGCGCAUUGUGGUGAGCCAGCUCAACCCGUAUACUCUCCGCUUUGAGGCCACAUGGGAGACAGCUUACGACAAGCGCUCUGCCUCCAACGCCUUCAUGGUAUGCGGCGUGCUACAUGUGGUGCGCUCAACCUAUGAAGAGAACGAGAGCGAGGCUAGCAGGAGCCAAAUCGACUACAUCUAUAACACCAAACUGAGCCAGGGCGAGUACACUGACAUCGUCUUCCCAAACCAGUAUCAAUACAUCACCGCUGUGGAUUACAACCCCAGGGACAACCAACUGUAUGUGUGGAAUAACUUUUACGUCCUGCGGUACGACCUGGACUUCGGGCCACCAGAUCCUGCUGAAGUGCCAACCAUCGAAGAUUUCUCCGUCUCACCGUCCAUGCCUAAGACAACCUCAGUUGUCACCACCACCACGGCGUCCACUGUGAAGGGGCACGCUGACACCACUUUAGCAGGAGCAGAUCCAAGAGAUGGGAGGGACCCAUUUGAGGACAAUCGUGGCUCAGGUACAGCGGAGCCCACAGUCCCUGAGCUUCCACCAACACCGAGACGUUUCUGUGAGGCGACGAGGAGGCGAACCAUCGACUGGCCUCAGACCCACACUGGCAGCACUGUGGAGAGGCCCUGCCCUAAAGGGACCAGAGGCACUGCCUCCUUCCUCUGCACUGUGGCAGGGACCUGGUGCUCCAAAGGGCCAGACCUCAGCAACUGCACCUCACACUGGGUGACCCAAGUGGCACAAAAGAUUCGAAGUGGCGAAAAUGCCGCUAAUUUAGCCAAUGAGCUGGCACGCCACACACAGGGCCCCGUGUUUGCUGGAGACGUCAGCUCCUCGGUGCGCCUGAUGGAGCAGCUUGUGGAUAUCCUGGAUGCUCAGUUGCAGGAGCUCAGACCGAGUGAGAAAGACUCAGCUGGACGCAGUUUCAACAAGCUUCAAAAAAGAGAGAAGACAUGCAGGGCGUACAUGAAGGCAAUUGUGGACACUGUUGACAACCUCCUGAGGCCCGAAGCUCUGAAAUCCUGGAAAGACAUGAAUUCCACAGAACAAAGUCACGCUGCCACAAUGCUACUGGAUACACUGGAGGAAGGGGCGUUUGUCCUCGCAGAAAACCUGAUCGAGCCUGCAAUUGUCAAAGUGCCUGCAGAAAAUAUCAUGUUGGAUGUCUAUGUGUUAAGCACCGACGGUCAGGUGCAAGACUUCCGGUUUCCUCAGACGAGCAAGGGCGGAGCGUCCCUUCAGCUUUCCUCCAACACGGUCAAAGUCAACAGCAAAAAUGGUGUGGCAAAGCUGGUAUUUGUGCUGUACAAACACCUGGGUCAGUUCCUCAGCAUGGAGAACGCCACACUGAGGGGAAUGGGGGACCUGAACAAACGUAACCUCUCCCUCACUGUCAACUCGCACAUCCUGUCAGCUUCUAUAACCAAGGAGUCCAGCCGUGUGUUUGUGGCUGACCCCGUGAUCUUCACACUGGAGCACCUGGAUAAGGAGAACUACUACAAUCCCAACUGUUCCUUCUGGAAUUACUCAGAGCGCAGCAUGAUGGGAUACUGGUCCACUCAGGGUUGUAAACUGCUGGAAACCAACAAGAGCCACACCACUUGCUCCUGCAGUCACUUGACCAACUUCGCCAUCCUCAUGGCUCAUCGGGGAAAUGUGGGGGAUGGGAGCGUCCACGAGCUUCUUCUAACCGUCAUCACACGGAUGGGUAUCGCCGUGUCUCUCGUCUGCCUCGCCAUCAGCCUCUUCACCUUCUGCUUCUUUAGAGGUCUGCAAAGUGACCGCAACACCAUCCACAAAAACCUCUGCCUCAACCUUUUCAUCGGCGAGCUCGUCUACCUUGUGGGCAUCAACAUGACCGAACCAAAGCUGGUGUGCUCCAUCAUCGCCGGCAUUCUCCACUUCUGCUUCCUGGCUGCGUUCGCCUGGAUGUGUCUGGAAGGCGUGCAGCUGUACCUCAUGCUGGUUGAGGUGUUUGAGAGCGAGUUCUCGCGCAGGAAGUACUACUACAUCUCGGGGUACCUCAUCCCGGCUAUGGUGGUGGGCAUCUCGGCAGCCAUCGACUACAGAAGCUACGGCACACAGCGAGCAUGCUGGCUGAGGGCUGAUAAUCAUUUCAUCUGGACGUUCAUCGUACCUGUGACCUUCAUAAUUGUGGUCAAUGUCAUCUUCCUGGUGGUGACGAUGUUCAAGAUGGUGAAGCACUCCACCUCCAUGAAACCCGACUCAUCCAGGCUCGGGGGUAUCAGGUCAUGGGUGUUGGGAGCAUUCGCCCUUCUUUGUCUGCUGGGGCUCACUUGGUCGUUUGGCUUGUUCUUCCUCAACGAAUCAUCCAUUGUGAUGGCUUACCUCUUUACCAUCUUCAACACUCUGCAAGGGAUGUUCAUCUUCAUCUUCCACUGCCUCCUCCAGAAAAAGGUGCGCAAAGAGUACAGCAAGUGUUUCCGUCAGUCCCAGUGCUGCGGCGCAUUGCCGCCUGAGGGCCCCCACAGUUCGGCCAAGGCAGCCACAUCUCGAUCCACUGCCCGCUACUCAUCCGCAACACAGAGCCGCAUCAGGAGGAUGUGGAACGACACGGUGAGGAAGCAGUCGGAGUCCUCCUUCAUCUCGGGAGACAUAAACAGCACCUCCACACUCAACCAGGGGAUGACCGGCAACUACCUCCUAACUAACCCUCUCCUCCGAACCCACGACACUAACCCUUAUAACAACCUGCUGGCAGAAACUGUGGUGUGCAACACCCCCUCUCCACCGGCCUUUCACUCCCCAGGACAGCACUCUCUGAGCAACAGCAGGGACAUCAGCGCCAUGGACACCCUCCCCCUCAAUGGCAAUUUCAACAACAGCUACUCCCUGCGAGAUGACGACUAUGAGGCCGUGGGCGUUAGAGCCACGGGUGAGCUGGGGGGCCUCAACCUAGACGAUGUCGCCUUCGAGAAAAUGAUCAUAUCUGAGAUUGUCCACAACAACCUGAGGCCCCGCGGAGCCCCCAAAGUUCGCGACGCCCAGAGGGAUCGGGACAGAGCUCUGCCUUCCCAGACCAGAGUGACAGUGGACCGAGGCGGGGGUGGGAGUGGCAGCGAGGAUGAUGCUAUCGUGGCGGAUCACGCCGAAGCCUCCUCCCCUCAGAGAGGAAGUGGAAGAGGAGGUCACGCCACCCUGGAGCUGCUCCUGCACCCCCACCACAAAGAGGUGCUGGAGGCCCCCCUCCUGCCCCAGAGGACUCACUCCCUGCUCUACAGUGCCCAGAAGGCCCCAAGGCGCCUGGAGGGGCAGGACGGCCAUGGCUCUGAGACUGUUACUGCAGUGGAAGACAUGGACUCCCAUUCACCCAACAAUAAUAGAGACUCCCUUUACACCAGCAUGCCAAACUUGAGAGACUCACCCUCUCCCUCAGCUUCGCCAUACCCCCCGGAGGAGGAGGAGGAGCUCUCCCCCUCACCUCAAAGCGAAGGUGAGGAUGCAUAUCAUAAAAGCAUGCCCGAGCUCGGUGAUGCGCCGCAGCCCAUGUCCUACUACCACAUAAACCGAGGCACCAGCGACGGGUGCAUUAUCCCGCCCAACAAUGAAGACUGCGCACAGGAGGGAGAGGUGCCCAGCGAUGGACAAAUGCAGCUCAUUACCAGCCUCUGAGCGGAUUGUCUUUGUUUGCACAGGUUUUAACAGAUGGGAUUUUUCAGUUGAUGUCAAGAGAGUCGACAAGUCUGACUCCGACUCCACAUGCCCUUCCUGUUAAGACAGGAAGUGAAAUGUUGUUGGGUGGGGAAAGAAAUGAAGAAAUGACUUUUGCACACAGAUCUCAUUAACACACAAAACACAUCCAUCCGAGGCCAGACAAAUGUGGACUGUGAAAGCUCGGCUGUUGGACUAAAGAGGUGCAGAGGAUAACACACAGGCCACUGUGUUGGAGAUAAAUCUGGCAUUUCAGUCGUUCUGUACUGUCGAAGAAUAAGGGAUAAAAAAAAAAAAUACUCCCAAGAAAAGAACUAUGAAGCUCCUGUCAUAUUCCUGGGGGAGUUUGCAGAACCAGGGUUUUUUAGUCAUGAAGUACAGAACUAGAACCAGUGUGGCUCCACUACACAGUCAGGACUGUAAAGUUAAGAAACCACUAAUUCAGACUCAGGCCUUAUAUUUUCUCUACUGCACAUUUAACUGUUGUCAAAGUAACAGCUAAAGAAAAUAUAUUUUGCUGUACCACUAGUGUAAAAAGCCAAAAAAAAAAAAAGAAAGAAUAAAAAAAAAGAAAAGAAACGACAACCAUUCAGUAGUUAUGCCCUUUCAAUGUUAAUAAGAUUAUUCAGACAAGGUUAAUCAAAAUGGUGGAAAUGUGCUUUUUCCUCUCACACUUGACUCAUUGUAGAAUGUUUGACUAUGAAAAAAAAAAAAAGUUUUGAGAGAUAUCAGUCCAUCUGAACUCAUGCUCACGUCUCUGCUUGUGAAGUGCUUUUGCUUUCAUGAAUGAUGAGUUUUUGCCAGUAGUAUAUUUGUUAACACCAGGCCAUGCACAGAUUUGGAGUGAAUUGGAAACUUGUGUAAUUUAUUUUUCUUGAAAGAAAUUGUCAGGUUUAUGGACUUAUGUUUGUGUCAAUGCAAUAGUGCAGUUUUUGCUGACCUUGUUUCAUCCUUUGACACUAAUUAAUUUAUUAACUGAGCUAUUCAGAAAAAAAAAGGAUAAAAAAACAACAUGGUUGGAACGUAUGAAAAGUUGUUGCAGCACUGAUUAGGUUCAUUUUAUUUCUUUUGUAAGAGCCCAUCAUCAGCUGAUAUUUAAUUCAACUCCUGUUUGAUAUCAAAUAAAUGUGAAAUUUUUUCUUGUUCGC